UGCAAAUAUACUUUUUAGAUCGGUGAAGUUUAUCUUCUGCAUUCAUCCAUCUGAAAAUGUUACUUGAACAGUGAUUAUAUUUAUUUAUGAAAAUUUGUCUGCUCUAGGUUGCGAUUAACAUCUGUUUUGGUGGGUCAAGAUUCUUAGUUAACUACUUUGAUCAUGUCUUGUACACUUUCUUCUGGUCUCCUGAGGUUCCUUAUUGUCCAAAUCUGCAGAAAUCUAAGGUUGGAGCCUGAUUAUCCAAAAUGUUUAACUGUUCUUUUAAAGGCAUAAUAUAUAUUGCGAAACCAAUGAUGUAUGGGUAUUGGAUUGAAAUUCUUCUUGCUGCAUGCAUGAAACAUAGAUUUUUUUGGUACUUCUUUUGGAUACUUUGGUAAUGCCCCAAUUAUGAUUCCAAUCUGCUUUAACCCCUUUGUAUUGCUAUUAAAUUACUGGGGAUUCCAACCAAUCAGCCACUAGUGGGUACCCUAGUUGUUUAACUGUUGCUGAUUACUUGUGAUCCUUAAGAGAAACAACUUUCCCUUUAAGAUUUUGUCAAUCAAUUUAGUCUCCAAAUACUCUCAAUAACCUGAAGCAAAGUUUAAAAUCAGUUUUCUCUGAAGUUCUUCUUGAAUUUCUCUUAUGUCCAAUGUAAUUUGCGUGAUUAAGUUCAAUUAUCCAUCUUCAUAUAUUUGCUAUUUGGCUGUCAUGUACAGGUGGUUCGGUGUACAACUCAAUCCUCAAUUCAUGGGCAUUGACCUCAAAUUUUUCUUUGUUAGAGCUGGAAUGAUGGGUUGGUUGCUCAUUAAUCUCUCUGUCCUCGCUAAAUCUGUUCAAGAGUCCGACUUAACACAGUCAAUGAUCCUAUACCAGAUAUUUUGUGCGAUAUACAUUUUUGACUACUUUUUCCAUGAGGAGUUCAUGACCUCAACAUGGGAUAUAAUUGCAGAAAGACUGGGGUUUAUGCUGGUUUUUGGAGAUCUAGUUUGGAUUCCAUUUACUUUCAGUAUCCAGGCUUGGUGGUUGUUGGGUAACAAAGUGGAGCUGACAACAGCUGCAGUUGUUGCAAAUUGCUUUGUCUUCCUGAUUGGUUAUCUUGUGUUUAGAGGAGCCAACAAACAGAAGCAUGUUUUCAAAAAGGAUCCCAAAGCACCUAUCUGGGGUAAGCCACCGAAAGUUAUUGGGGGAAAGUUGCUUGCUUCGGGUUAUUGGGGCAUUGCUAGACACAGUAACUACCUCGGGGAUCUGUUGGUGGCCCUAUCAUUGAGCUUACCUUGUGGUAUAAGUUCUCCGGUGCCGUACUUCUACCCUAUAUAUCUUUUCAUUCUGCUAAUAUGGAGAGAAAGAAGAGAUGAAGCUCGUUGUGCCGAGAAGUAUAGAGAAGUUUGGAAAGAGUAUUGCAAACUUGUCCCUUGGAGGAUAUUCCCGUAUAUUUAUUAGCUCAACUCAAACCAACAGCUCAAUGUUUGGAUUAGGGGGGUAGGAAAGGCGUUCUUGAUCUUUAAACAUAUGUUUCAAUAGAGGAUUAGCACUUCAUGGAGCAUUGCGUUUAUGGUAGAAAAUAACUGUUGUUGUACAUUAUUGUGCUGUACAAAUUGAUUCCGAAACUACUGAAUGAUAGAUUUUCCAUCAGUUUCUUUUGGUACCAAAAUCGUGCUUUAAACUGAUGGAUCAAAUGUCUGUUUCGGCCUUUUGGAAGUUGGGAUUUUGUCAAGGAGGACAGCAUUAUGCAAUUCAGGUUUUUUUUUUCUUGUUUUUUUUUUAAACUUCUAAAAAUGUUGAUACA